AUUAAAGUCAUUCAUCAAAUUAACUACAUAAGAUCGAGUUCAGAUCUUCUAGCAUCGAAAGCAAAAACCAUUCGUACUUCUGCAAAAAUCAAUCGAGUUAUGGAAGGAUUGAUCCCAUUUCUGAUGCAUGCCAUGAAGAAACAACGGCCUCAAAAUAAUUACAGGUCUCGAUCCGUCGGUUCCACCCGCAGCUACCAUGUCCUCGUCGGAGCUGACGCGACGGUGGAUAACUCCUCCCACCGCCGUACCAGAUCGGAGUUUCAGUCACCGACGAAUGAAUUUAUGGAACAGAGAUCUGGAUUUGGCUGUAUUCCUCAAGCAAAGAGCUACAAGCGAAGUUCUACUACAGGUUUAACUCCAAACUCAUAUCAAGGUUCGAAUCCCUAAAUUUUGUAAAUUCACGGAGAAUUGAAAGGUUUUUGAUGAAAUCUACACUUGAAUUUUUUGAUUAAUUCUAAUGUACGGUUGUGCUUUAUUGUAUAAAUAUGUAUGUGUGUAUCUUCUAGUUGAUAAUUAAUAGAAGAUAAUUGAAUCCAUGAAGUAUGAAAGUGAAAGGAUUUUUAUUUA